AUGAACAAUGGAUGGGGAUUUCUUUCUGAUGAAGAAAAAGGAGGCAUGUUACUUACUUUGGACACAAGUUCAAGCUUUGAAAACCUAAAGGUUAUGGUGUGUGAAGACUUUGGAAUUGAUAUAAACAUGGUCAAUAUAGAGCUGGGUUAUUUACCUUCCGAUUUGAUCAAUAGCAUCUACUCACCCCCUGUUAUCAUCACCAGUGAUCGGCAAGUUAGAAAUUUUCUUACAUAUGUAAAGAACAAAGCUUCGACGCAGUUGUGUGUGAGUACUCAAGCCCCUAACAUAGCGGAAGAAGGUACUGAGUCUCCUAACGGAGAGGAAGAGACUAUGGAGUCUGACGAUUCAGGUGAUAUGGAGUCUGACGAUGCAGCUGAUAUGGAUUCAGAAGAAGAUAUUGAGGUACCUGAUAGUGAAGAUGACAAAAAGUGUGACAAAGAGAAGAUCAAUGAAGAUAGUGUUUGCUUCUCUUUGGUGGAUGUUGUGAAGAAGGGUCAAUCUUUUAGUUCCAAAACACUUUUGAAGGCAGCAUUCGAAAUAUGUGCAAUGAAACAUAAUUUCGACUACGUGGUUGCCAGAUCGGAUAAAAAAGUGUGGUACAUUCGUUGGUCAGAUGAUGAUUGCAGCUGGCGUGUUCGUGCAGAGGGAUUAACAGGGUCAUCAUAUUUUAUCAUCAAAAAGUAUGUACCUGAUCAUUCAUGUGCUGCAUCCAAUAGGAAGGGUUCUGUUAGGACAGUUUCAGCAAAAACAGUGGGUACUCUGAUUAUGCAUAAGUAUGAAACUGCUAAAGAAGGGCCGAGAUCGAAUGAUAUAAUCCAGUAUAUACAUAUGGUACAUGGAGUUGAGAUAUCCUAUUCUUUGGCGUGGGAUGCACGUGAAUAUGCAAUCAACGCAGUGAAAGGUAUUCCAGAGAAAGGUUAUGAAAAAAUUCCUAAAUACUUGCAUAUGAUGAAGGAAGCUAAUCCAGGGUCACACACGUUUUAUGAAAGGGAUACAAAAGGGGAAUUCAGAUUCCUCUUCAUCUCGUUUGGUCAGAGUGUUUGUGGUUUCUAUGCUGCAAUUCGAAAAGUUAUUGUAGUGGAUGGGACGUUUUUGAAGAGCAAAUACAAAGGAGUAUUACUAGUGGCUACUACAUUAGAUGGAAACUCGAGUUUAUAUCCUAUUGCCUUUGGGGUUGUCGACUCAGAGAAUGACCUCGCGUGGAACUGCGGGAAAGGUGUGGUUGGUUUGGUUGCAAAGGCUUCUAAAGCUUAUCGAGCAGCUGAUUUUCGUAAGGUGUUCACUGCUAUUUUCGCUAUUAGUCCUGAAAUUGGAAAUUAUCUCAUAGAUACCGAUGUAAGGAGGUGGGCUCGUUGUCAGUUUCCGGGUUACAGAUAUGAUAUUAGGACUACUAACCCUGUGGAUUCAAUAAAUGUUGCUUUGCGUACGCCUAGAGAGUUUCCAGUGAUACCUUUGUUGGACAACAUUAGGGAAAUGAUGACUCGAUGGUUUUUCAAACGUAGAACUUUAAGUUCUAAGCAUUCGAAGCCACUGACCAUUGUUGCGGAGAAGAAGAUUGACAGAAGGAUUGAGAAGGGUAAAACGUUUAAGGUCUUUCCAGUUAGCGAUCAUAGGUUUUUAUUUCAAGGUGACACUUUCGACUGCUCGGUUAACUUGGUCAGACGCACGUGUUCUUGUGGAAAAUUUGAUCUGAUGAAAAUCCCAUGCAGGCGCGCCAUAAAACCAGGCUUCAGUGUUGGAAUAUGA